CUGCUAUCAUUGACUAAUUUCAAUUCUCUCCGGUGUUUAACGCAAGACCCAGGAACCCCGUAACUCUAAUUCCUCCGUUCAGAUCAAACCAAAAAUGUUCUCCAAAACCCUAAUUCUCUAACCAACAUAACCACCACUAACAAAAAUCCACAUACAUUCAAAGAAUCCCCUCAAUGGAGGACUCGGAGGGAGUUCUCAGCUUCGACUUCGAGGGCGGCCUGGACGCCGGUCCCGCCGCCAACGCUGCCGCGACGUCGGGGCCGCACAUUAUUCAUGCAGAUUCCGCCGCCAGUGCAGCCACCAACGCCAACGUGGCCGCAGCGGGAGCCGGCGCAACAGCGGAGGGCGGAGUGGGGGGCAACGCGGGGUUGGGGCGGCGGAGCUUCAGGCAGACGGUGUGCCGGCACUGGCUGCGCAGCCUGUGCAUGAAGGGAGACGCCUGCGGCUUCCUCCAUCAGUACGACAAGUCGCGGAUGCCCGUGUGCCGCUUCUUCCGGCUCUACGGGGAGUGCCGCGAGCAGGACUGCGUGUACAAGCACACCAAUGAAGACAUCAAGGAGUGCAACAUGUACAAGUUGGGUUUUUGUCCAAAUGGUCCUGACUGUCGGUAUCGCCAUGCAAAACUGCCUGGACCUCCCCCUACUGUCGAAGAGGUCCUUCAGAAGAUUCAACAUUUAAGUUCUUACAACUAUAACUCUUCGAACAGAUUUUUUCAACAACGGAAUGGUGGUUUCACACAACAAGCAGAAAGACCUCAGUUUCCACAAGGUCCCAACACUGCUAAUCAAGGUUUGGUUGGAAAAACUUCAACAAUUGAGUCUGCCAAUGUCCAGCAGCAGCAACAGUCCCAACAGCAGGUCAGCCAGAACCAGAUACAAAAUGCUCCAAAUGGCCUGCCUAAUCAGACAAGCAGAACGGCUACACCUUUGCCUCAAGGAAUAUCUAGGUAUUUUAUUGUUAAAAGUUGCAACCGUGAAAAUUUGGAAUUAUCUGUACAACAAGGAGUAUGGGCAACUCAAAGGAGCAACGAAGCUAAACUAAAUGAAGCUUUUGACUCUGCUGAAAAUGUGAUUUUGAUUUUCUCAGUCAACCGGACUCGACAUUUCCAGGGUUGUGCCAAGAUGAUAUCAAGAAUUGGUGGUUCUGUAGGUGGAGGCAACUGGAAAUAUGCACAUGGAACUGCACAUUAUGGCCGGAAUUUCUCUGUUAAAUGGUUAAAGUUAUGUGAAUUGUCCUUCCACAAAACUCGCCAUCUACGGAAUCCAUUCAAUGAGAACUUACCAGUGAAGAUAAGUAGGGACUGUCAGGAGCUAGAGCCUUCUGUUGGUGAGCAGUUGGCUUCCUUGCUUUAUCUUGAGCCAGAUAGUGAACUUAUGGCAAUCUCGAUUGCUGCUGAAACAAAACGAGAGGAGGAGAAAGCAAAGGGAGUCAAUCCGGACAACGGAGGAGAAAACCCAGAUAUUGUCCCCUUUGAGGACAACGAAGAAGAGGAAGAAGAAGAAAGUGAAGAAGAGGAGGAGAGCUUUGAGCAGGUUCCUGGGGCAGCAACUCAGGGCAGAGGAAGAGGCCGGGGAAUUAUGUGGCCCCCUCACAUGCCGCUAGGACGUGGAGCCAGACCUAUGCCUGGGACGCAGGGUUAUCCCCCUGUAAUGAUGGGUGCUGAUGGGUUAUCUUAUGGACCUGUUACACCUGAUGGGUUUCCUAUGCCAGAUAUUUUUGGUGUGGGCCCCCGUGCUUUUGCACCAUAUGGUCCAAGAUUCUCUGGUGAUUUUACAGGUCCCACACCUGGCAUGAUGUUUCGUGGGCGGCCUUCGCAACCUGGUGUAUUUCCAGGUGGUGGAUUUGGAAUGAUGAUGGGUCCAGCGCGUGGUCCCUUUAUGGGAGGGAUGGGGGUUGUAGGUACAAAUCCAGGUCGACCGGGCCGGCCAAUGGGAAUGCCCCAAAUGUUUCCACCACCACCACCGCCAUCCUCUCAAAACGCCAAUCGGGUUGUGAGGAGAGACCAGAGGGUUAAUGAUCGGAAUGACAGGUAUGGUGCAGGUUUAGAGCAAGGCAAGGGUCAAGAGAUGCCGAGUCCGGGUGGUGGGCAAGAUGAUGAGACACAGUAUCAAUAUGGUGCUGGUAAUAACUUCAGAAAUGAUGAGAGUGAAAGUGAGGAUGAGGCACCAAGGCGGUCAAGGCAUGGAGAAGGGAAGAAGAAGCGGCGGGGCUCAGAAGGAGAUGUUACCACUGCCUCUGAUCACUGACAGAUGCCACCAGCUGAGCAGCAAAAUGAGUGACGUUACUAACCAGGGAGGCCAUGCAUGUUCCUCAUGCUUACCUGCUCCUCUUGGAAACAUGAUCAAAUUCAAAUUCUUCAUGAGUUCUUUUGUUGUAUUUGAGAACGUAGGGUGCUGAAUUUUUGUCCUCUUUAAAUUAUUUUAAAGUGUUUGAAUUUGUUGCUAGGCUGUGCUAUAUUUUAAUGUAACAAAUCAUGGGAAGGGCGAUGAACAGAUGAGGGUACUUAAUAUUGAUCUAUACUAACGUACAUGUAAAUAAAUUUUAGAAAA